CACCCCACCACCCAAAAUAGACCCGUGCAAUUUGGAUUUGCACGCGAGUGCUACCUCGGACGCUAUCUGCUAUCUUAAAACACGGGCAUUUUUGACUUUCUCCGGUGGGGACUCGAGGUUGUUAUACUGCAGACUAACUGUGUGAUAAGCUAUCUGUCGCAGCGUUGGGCCACCCACCAUCUGUGGAAGUGGGACAAGGGAACAGAUGGCGCAUCCGAGCCGGCCUGCAGGGCUGCUGACUGUUAGGACAGCACUGGAGAGGAGUAUCAAUCAUUAAACUGAAAGGCUGUCGCUGGCUAUUGCGUGGUAUAUUUUGCAGACUGGAUGAUGCCAGAGUGACUUGAAUAACGGUGUCUGUAGGGAGGCGUUGCAUUUCGAGCAAAUUGAUGCGCGACGAUCCGACCACUUGCAUCAACUUAAUCCCUUUUGACGUGUGUCUGGCUCGGUAAACAAUGGUUGACAAUCGCUACGCUACAGCUCUGGUCAUCGCCUGUGUGCUGAGCAUACUGGCCACCGUGUAUCUAUCGGUGGCCAUCGGGACGCAGCACUGGUACCAGUACAGCAGCCCCACCGUGCGCGGAGACGCCAACGUGUCCGAGGUGCGCUCCCUGUAUGAGGAGUUCAUGGAUGGGGAGUUUGAUGAGAAAACCUACAGCGACACCCUAUUCCGCCUUAACGGGACCGUGGGCCUCUGGUGGCGGUGUGUGCUCGUUCCCGCCAAUGCUAACUGGUACAAAGAGCCAGAUGCCAAGAUGAUGCUGGAGUGUCGAAGCUUCACUCUACCUCAGCAGUUCACUCCCAAGUACAAAGAACCAGGAAACCACAACAGUGGAGAGGACAUGCUGCGCACCUACUUGUGGCGGUGCCAGUUUCUGCUGCCACUGGUGUCCUUGGGUCUGGUGGUGUUGGCAGGCCUGACUGGGUUCUGUGCCUGCCUCUGCAGAAGCCUCACCCCCACCCUCGGCAUAGGAUUACUUCACCUGCUGGCCGGCCUCUGCACCUUAGCCACAGUGUGCUGCUACCUGGCGGGGAUGGACCUGCUCCACAGGGUGUCAAUGCUGCCUGAAAAGGUGGACGGCUCUCUGGGCUGGUCCCUCUACUUGGCCCUUAUUUCGUCGCCGCUCCACAUGAUGGCCGCCGCGCUGCUGGUGUGGGCAGCACGCAGCCACAGUCAGAACUACUACCGCAUGACCGCCUACCGGGUGGCAUAGACCAAAAUUCAGCUCUGGAUCUCUGCCCUGUUUAAAUUCAUACCCCACUCUGUCACCAAGAUGCAUUUUAUGAUGAUCUCACAGGAAUGGGAUGUGGGUUAAUCUGUGCAUUUUGCCCUCUGAUGGAUUAAAGUGCAUGCACUCUGUAGAAAUGACCCUAUCUGCUGCAUUAAAAGAUUGGAUUUUUAUCUCUCAAGGGGUUACGGGAGGGGUUUGAAAAAGGUCAACCACACAGAUCUGUAAAGUGCAACAUAUGUUUGUCUCAGAGUAGCUUAAAACCAAGUUGAAAAGCUUCAGAUGUGUCCCAGUUUCAUAUUCCAGGCUCUGAAGAUAUGGUGCGUUCACAUUGGAAAAGUGGAAUAUUAAAGUAAUAGGUAUACUAAAAAUUAUGUAUGUAUGAUGAAUUUGCUUAACUUCUGAGAAUGUUGUUGACUAUUGGCCUUCAAUUGAAUUCCAAUAGCAAUAGAGAAGUUGGGAAAGAAGUCUAGUCAAACUGUCGACGCAACUCUUUAAGGUGGGAAUAGACAAGUUUUUGCUUGAACGUAUCAUUGUGAAGUAAAUGUUGAUUGCACAAUGUAGUGUAGUGCUUUCACUGUGCAAUUCAGUUUCAAUGUCACAGGAAUAUUUAGCCUCGAUUUACAGCAACAAAAGAAAUGCGACAACCAAAACAGGAAGAGAAGAGUGCUUUAAAUUUUCCCUGUAGCUAUUGGUAGCUAUCCCCAGUUUCCAAAAAGUAUUGCUGCAAGUUUUUCGCUGUUACUAUCUCCAGAAAUUGCUGAUGACUGAACAAUCAAAGAAAACUGUGGUGGUAGUUUGGCUCUGAGGAAAACAGAAAGCAAUUCUGCAACAGCGGCGCAACAACAAUACCAUUGGAAAUGCUAGGGGGGAGAAUUUGUCUAUUCCCACUUUAACCAGUGUGUUUGAAAGUCAUUGAUUGAUUUGCUAUGAUGGAGAUAAUUAUACACAGUAGUAUAUAGUAUGUACUAUAUGAGCUUAUGCCAUGGAAGUGGGACACAUCUUUUGUUUCACUGAUCUCUUCAGGUUAAAUAUUUCAAGGCUCUUGCACUUCAGAUCACACCAAGAGUCACAAGUGGGUGUGGUGACAUUCCCCCUUUGUUGCACUUAUAAAAAUACCUGGCAGUAAUUUACAGGCAUACUGGACGCACCCUGAAGAUGUUUAUCUGGCACUGCAGCAAGAAUAAAAAUUUUGUACGCAUCCAUAAGAUAUUUAUGAUGAUAGGUACGCUGUUGUGCAAUCAGUCCUUUACUUCAGCUGCUUCAAAACACAGUCAGGGUUUAUAGGCAUGAUUGAUGAGUACAUGAGCGAGACAAUGACUAUUAUGUAUAUAUGUUCUUGUUAUUGCAAAAAAUAUUUACAUCCCUUUUUUUAAACCUAAGUGACAUUUAUUUAUUCAUGGCCAUUGUUGAGGUCAGACUGUGUUUGCUUAUGAUUUGUCUACCCAAUGCAUUGAUUUCUUUGCUAUUUUUAAACUUUUUUUUAAAAAAAAAAAAACAUUUUGUCUGAUUUUGUAGGCUUUUGUAGACUGAAAAGUUUAAUUUU